AGCAGGGGGCGCGCGCGCGGCAGCGGCGGCGCUGCCGGGGGCGGAGCGGAGGAGGCGCCGCCGUUGUCGCCGUCGUUGUCCCCGUCGCCGCCGCGCGCCAGGCCGCCUGGCUCCGCCUUCCGCGGCGCUGUUCUCCCGCGGGCCCGAGCAGCAGGAGUUGCGUAUCCGAAAAGUGGAUGUUCAGGAUAACAUGUCCAAUGUGUCGGAAGAAAGAAGCACUAGACAACAGGACAUUAAGAAAGGACUUCAGUUUAUAGAAUCUACUUUGCCCUAUCCAGGGACACAGGAACAAUAUGAGUUAUUUAUACGAGAACUUGUUAGAAAUCUUUUUAAUGAAGGGAAUGAUGUAUAUCGAGAAGGUGAUUGGAGAGGAUCGUUGAAUCACUAUUCAGAAGCUAUAAACAUAGCAGAUUAUGCAAAUUCUGAAGAAAUCCAUGUCUCUGAUGAUAUUUUAGAGAAGCUACAUGUAAACAGGAUAGCAUGCUUUUCAAAUAUGGGACUGCAUGAAAAGGUUCUAGAAGACUGUGAGAUAGCAUUAAGGUUAAAUGAAAAUAAUUUUAGAGCUCUCUAUCGGAAAGCAAAGGCAUUGAACGAGCUGGGAAGGUAUAAGACAGCUUAUGAUGCUGUAGCAAAGUGUUCUCUUGCUGUGCCGCAGGAUGAAAGUGUGAUUAAACUUACUCAAGAACUAGCUCAAAAAUUAGGAUUAAAAAUAAGGAAAGCAUAUGUAAGAGCAAAGCCACCCUCGAAUUCAGUUUCUAGUGAUGUAUCAACUCAGAUUUUUAGUGAUACAGCAAUUGUAUUUCAGUCCGCAAAGAAUUCUUCAUCUGUAGAAGAUAUUGAGUUAGAUUUAUCUGACCAGAAGCAAGAUAUGGUUUCUUCUGCUUCUUCGUCAGCCUUUGCUUCUGAAUUGUCUAAAGUGGCAUCAGUACCUAUAUCAUCUUUAUCUUCUGUUAUGUCACUUCAAGCGGAAAAAGCUUCUUUGCCUUCUGCAGCGUUGGCUAACGGAGGAAAUGUUUCUUUCUCUGUACCAGAAGCGUGUUUAGAUUGUGGAGAUGGCGAUAUAAUUAUUGGGGAAGAACUUGAUGAAUUACUUGACUCUGUGCCUGAUCCAGAUGAAAGCAUAAUGCAAACUACAGGUGCCAGGGGACCUAUUCCUGCUCCCAGUGUGGCUCCCAGUGGACCCUUCUCUGCUUCUUUGUUGGGGACGUUGCCAGUUAGUACAGGAUUUGUUCCUUCACCCUCUCUUUCAGAAAUCUUUUCACAGCCUUUGGCUUCUUCACUGGAAAAUUUUUGUUCACCGUUGAGCACCUUUUCAAUCAGUGACCCAAAAAGAGACCUCUCAAGUUCAGCUUCUAGAGAUGGAACACCAACACUUAGCAGCAAUAACUCUCCAUUGUUUAUAAACGGCCCUAGUAGUUUGUUUGGGUCCGAAAAUUACAUGGGAAUUUCAGGUCAAACUAGAAAUGACUUUUCGAAUGUUUUUAGCAGUGCAACUGCUAGUAUACCUGUAUCUUCAGCACUUGUGGGAAGAAACCCAUUAGAAGGCACACAUGAGCUAAGACAGGCCUGCCAGUUAUGUUUUGUCAAAAAAGGUCCUAAAUUACUGGAUUAUGCUUACCACCCUAAUUUAGAACAUAAAUGUAAGAAGGAUAUUCUAAUUGGUAGAAUAAAAAAUUCUGAAGAUAAAUCAUGGAAAAAAAUACGUCCAAGACCAACAAAAACACAGUAUGUGGGACCAUAUUAUAUAUGUAAAGAUGUUGCUGCUGAAGAGGAAUGCCGAUAUCCAGGGCACUGCACGUUUGCAUAUUGCCAAGAGGAGAUAGAUGUAUGGACACUGGAGCGCAAAGGAGCUUUUAGUCGAGAAGCUCUUUUUGGAGGAAAUGGAAAGAUCAACUUUACUGUGUCUCGACUUCUUCAAGAACAUCAUGGAUUCUUUAUGUUUCUUUGUGAGAAAUGUUUUGAUCAUAAACCCAGAAUAAUAAGCAAAAGGAACAAGGAUAAUUCAUCUUCUUGUUCUCACCCUGCUAUGCAUGACUUUGAAGAUAACAAGUGCCUUGUCCACAUUUUGCGAGAAACUAUGGUGAAGUAUUCCAAAAUUCGCCCUUUUCAAGUUCGGUGUCAGCUUGACCUGUGCAGACAUGAGGUACAUUAUGGCUGCUUAAGAGAGGAUAAAUGCUUUUAUGCUCACAGUCUGGUAGAGCUUAAAGUCUGGAUAAUGCAAAAGGAAACAGGUAUUUCGCAUGAUACUAUUGUUCAAGAAUCAAAGAAAUAUUGGCAGAACAUGGAAGCUAGUGCACAUGGAUCACAGACACAAAAUACCUUUUGUUGUUGUUGUUGUUGUUUUUUGUGUAAGAUCCUUGGGAACCAAAUGAAAUAUGGAUCACUUAAUUUGAAGAUGAAGUUUGUUUGUGGUCAGUGCUGGAGAAAUGGUCAAGUUAAUGAGCCAGACAGAAACAAAAAAUACUGCAGUGCAAAGGCAAGACACCCGUGGACCAAAGAUCGCCGUGUGGUGCUUGUAAUGUCUAACGAACGCAAGAAGUGGAUGACCAUUCGUCCCCUUCCUGCAAAGAAACAAGUGCCUCUGCAAUUUGAUUUGUGCAAUCAUAUUGCUUCAGGCAAGAAAUGUCAGUAUGAUGGGAACUGCUCAUUUGCUCACAGUCCUGAGGAGAGAGAGAUGUGGACAUAUAUGAAGGAGAACAGCAUUCAAGACUUGGAGCAGUUGUAUGACAUAUGGCUAAAAAGUCAAAAACCAGAAAAAGGAGAUGAUACAGCUGCUCAGGCAAAUAAAGAAAAUGGGAAGCAAAUCCACAUGCCAACUGACUAUGCUGAAGUAACAGUGGAUUUCCACUGUUGGAUGUGUGGGAAGAACUGUAAUAGUGAGAAACAAUGGCAGGGUCACAUUUCUUCUGAAAAGCAUAAAGAGAAGGUUUUCCACACAGAAGAUGAUCAGAACUGCUGGCAGUAUCGCUUUCCAACCGGAUGUUUUAGCAUUUGUGAUAGAUAUAUGGCUGGUACUUGCACUGAGGGAAACAACUGUAAAUUUGCCCAUGGCAAUGCAGAACUCCAUGAGUGGGAAGAACGAAGACAAGUUUUAAGAAUGAAGCUCAGCAAAGCAAGAAAAGACCACUUGAUUGCUCCCAGUGAUAAUGACUUUGGAAAAUAUAGUUUUUUGUUUAAAGGUUUAGACUAAUACUGAGAUGGCAUACACACGUUACCAGCUGGAAGCAUAAACCAGAAAAAUUGACAAUAAUCAAAAGCAUGUGACAGAAAAGCUGCAGGUUUUCUGCUUUUAUUGGCAUAUAUUGUUCCUCCUGAACAGCAAAAUAUAGUAGAUGUAGGGGAAUUGAGUGGACCUGUCUGUGCUGUCAUGAAACAGAGCGGUGAAUAAAAUAAAUCUGAAGUAUUAUGUACUCACUCACCUCCUGUUGGACAGGAAGUUAGGGAAUAGAAGGGGGAGAGAGGUUGUGAUGUCUAGGAAGCCCCCUAGUGUCAGUCCUUCAGCUGAAAAACUUACGGUAUCAAGGUAUUACGAACCAGUGUUACGGGCUAAGAAAAUGAUGGAUGAAUAUUCUUCAGAUCUUUUAAUGGAGACGAUUUGUUUAAAACAAAGUUUGCUACUUAUCUAUAUGUAGGUUGCUAAAAAGAAGUUUCUUAUUAAAGAUUUUAAACAAAAUAACCAUUUAACUACAAUAAGUGUUGAAUGGGUAUUUUUUCUCUAUUUGUAUGUUUCAAUAUAAUUUACUGGGAAAGGAUCGUGGGAGGAAAAAUGUAUUAAUUUUUGAAAAUGAAGUAGUUAAAAUUGUUUCUUGGUCUUUGCUGUUUAAAUGAUGAUUUUGAAAGAUUACACUUGUAUGUCAGUAUUGUGUAUUAUUGUAUGGACUAAUGUUGCCUGUAAUAAAGAGAACUUUACACAAA